UCUAAUUUUCCUGCGGCGAUAUAAAUCUCCAGAGUCACCGCCUCCUCCUCCUCCUCUCUCAGUGCUGUGUCAGAGGGGCGUCUCCCGGUCGAGAUUACAGUCAAAGCGGCCUGUGUUUAUUCUGCACACCGAGACACUCUCAGCAGCCGCAGUCACACCCAGAAGAUACCACUCAGCAAUAGACAUUAUGGUGUAUCAUCCUGAGUUUGAGAAGGCAGGCCAGCAGCCUGGACUGCAGGUGUGGAGGGUUGAGAAUUUUGACCUGGUUCCUGUACCAGAGAACCUGUACGGAGGGUUCUACACAGGCGACGCCUACGUGGUCCUCAACACCAUCAAACAGCGCUCGGGGAACCUGCAGUAUGACCUCCACUUCUGGCUGGGUGAUUUCUGCACGCAGGAUGAAAGCGGCUCAGCAGCCAUAUUUACAGUGCAGAUGGAUGACCACCUGGACGGAAAACCCAUACAAUACCGUGAGGUCCAGGGACACGAAUCUAAAGCUUUCCUGGGCUACUUUAAAAAAGGUCUGCAGUACAUGAAAGGAGGAGUCGCUUCAGGGUUCAAGCACGUCGUCACCAACGAGGUAGUGGUUCAGCGUGUGCUCCAGGUCAAAGGUCGUCGUGUUGUAAGGGCGACAGAGGUGCCGGUCAGCUGGGACAGCUUCAACCAAGGCGACUGCUUCAUCCUGGACCUCGGCAACGAGAUCUACCAGUGGUGCGGAUCCAAGAGCAAUCGCUUCGAGAAGCUGAAGGCCACUCAGCUCGCCAAGGCAAUUCGUGAUAAUGAGCGCAGCGGGAGAGCCCGCGUGUACGUCUGCGAUGAAGGAGUGGAACGAGAAAAGAUCAUCGAGGUUCUAGGAGAAAAGCCAGACCUGCCUGAAGGAACUGAUGAUGACCUCAAAGCAGAUGCGUCCAACAGGAAGCUGGCUAAACUGUACAAGGUUUCGGACGCUAGCGGAACCAUGGCUAUGGCUUUGGUGGCUGAUGAGAAUCCGUUUACUCAGAGCGCUCUGGAGUCCACAGACUGCUUCGUUCUGGAUCAUGGUUCAGACAGCAAGAUCUUUGUCUGGAAAGGAAAGGACGCCAACGUCGAGGAGCGCAAGGCAGCCAUGAAAGCAGCAGAUGGCUUCAUUAAGAAGAUGGGCUACCCGAAGCACACUCAGGUACAGAUCCUCCCUGAGAUGGGUGAGACUCCUCUGUUCAAGCAGUUCUUCAAGAACUGGCGUGAUGUGGACCAGACAGACGGCAUGGGCGUGGCGUACGUUUCCAACCACAUCGCCAAGAUUGAGAAGGUUCCGUUCGAUGCUGCAACGCUCCACGAUUCUCCUGCCAUGGCAGCGCAGCACGGCAUGAUCGAUGACGGCAGAGGAGAGAAACAGCUCUGGCGUAUCGAAGGUUCCGACAAGGUUCCUGUCGACCCAUCUACAUACGGCCAGUUUUACGGUGGAGACAGUUACAUCAUCCUUUACAACUACAGACACGGCGGCCGACAGGGUCACAUCAUCUACAUUUGGCAAGGUCUGGACUCCUCACAGGAUGAAAUUGGAGCAUCUGCCAUCCUGGCCGCACAGCUGGACGAUGAGCUCGGAGGUGGGCCUGUGCAGGUGGCUGGUGCUCCUAUCACUACUCAGGUGCGUGUGGUUCAGGGUAAAGAGCCCGCACACCUCAUGAGUCUGUUUGGUGGAAAGCCCAUGGUGGUGUAUCAGGGAGGAACAUCCAGGGAUGGAGGUCAGUCCCAGCCUGCAGAGACUCGCCUCUUCCAAGUCCGCUCCAACUCGGCUGGAUGCACCCGGGCUGUGGAGGUUGAUGCUGUUUCCUCAAACCUGAACUCCAAUGAUGCCUUUGUCCUGGUGACCCCAUCAGGCAGCUUCAUGUGGGUCGGCAUUGGUGCCAGUGACACUGAGAAACAGGGAGCACAGGAGCUGUGCGGCAUCCUCGGGGUCACCACCUCUGAGAUUGCAGAGGGUGGAGAGAGCGGUGGCUUCUGGGCAGCUCUGGGAGGAAAGACAGAGUACCGCACAUCCUCCAGGCUGAAGGAUAAACUGGACACUCACCCACCCAGACUGUUUGCCUGCUCCAACAAAACUGGACGCUUCAUUAUUGAGGAGGUACCUGGGGAGAUGACCCAAGAGGAUCUGGCCACCGAUGAUGUCAUGAUCCUGGAUACAUGGGACCAGGUGUUUGUAUGGAUCGGUAAUGAGGCACAGGAGGAGGAAAAGACUGAGGCAAUGGCUUCAGCUGCCCGUUACAUCGAGACAGACCCGGCCAACCGAGACCGCCGUACUCCUAUUGUGAAGAUCAAGCAGGGCUUCGAGCCUCCCACGUUCACCGGCUGGUUCCUGGGCUGGGACUACGACUACUGGAGCAGCGACCCUCUGGACCGUGCCAUGGCCGACCUUGAGAUUUGAACCCUUUCCACUGACCUUUAAAAAAAACCCUCUGCCUUAUUAGGGUAGCAGUGGAAGUUGCCCUUUGCCACUGAUUGCAAUACUGGAGUAUUUGGGAGUUCAGUGUAAAAAGGCAACUUGUACAUGCUGAGCCUUGUCUGUAGUCAGAAGCUUUUAAUUUCCAAUUGCACUUUUUUUUUACUGCAUUUUAAAAGUAGGCAUUGUAUCUAACUGUAUUGAAGCGCUAGGCUGUCGUUUUUUGAGGUAGACCGUGUAUCUGAGGUGGUAUUGCUGAACAAUCCUUCUUCACUAGUGCUGUUUCUGUGACUCUUUGCAAAGACCAAAAACCAAAUCGAAUCAUAAUUUGUGAUUUGUGAAUCGCAGAUCUUGCUCCCUAAGCGGAUCUCAAAUAAUUAACCACCAAGGGAUUAAGAAUUAUCAAGACUGUUUACUGAGUUUGAUUGUUACUUGUCAGAGCAGCUCUACGAUGCAAAAAAAAUCCCCCAAAGUGGGUUUUUAAUAAAAUAACACUGCCUGGUUCUUCCUGUACGUUUGCAUAAAGUUUGUCUUUACGUCCGAGCAGAAUUUUUACAUCAAUAUAAUCUUCCUUAGUGUGCAAUUUCUUGUCACUGUACUCAGAGUUGAAAUAAAAUGCAGCCAUGUAUUUGAAUAUGUAGUGCCUCAAAAACAGCAUCAUACGUUUUGCAUCCUGUCGAUAUGCCUUCUGAUGCUCAGGAGAUGUACAGGGAGGCCAUCUAAUUUUGAGCAGUUACCCUGGUGUGCUGCCAGAGGGCGCUGGAGAACAGUUUGACAUUAAAUCUAACAUAAAACGCCAAAGAUUAUAGAGAUUACUCCGUAGAGACCACAAAUUUUGUGUGCACAGGGCCUAAUUCAUCUGUGAUAAAAAAAAAAAAAAAAAAAGACAUGCAAGCUCAUAAUCAUUCCUGAUAGGAGUCGGUUCGUCGGUCACACCCAAAACGUUAAUUUAGGCAAAACUACUUUUAUCCAGAUUAUGCUCCAGAAGCUUUUUUAAUAUAGUAAGAUGUACAGUUUAGUUCAAUGUGGCUAUGGGAUACUGUAAUACUUGCAUUUCAUUUGUGUUAAUGAAAUUGCGCCCAUCUUUUGGUUUAAUUUUGGUUUCACGUCCCCCACUUUACUUUGCUAAAGAAAAAAAAAAAACAGUACAUCUGAGUAGAGAAUCCUCUACAGCUGUUCAAAUUGCUUUUAGCUACUACAUGACCUCAGGCUUAUAUUUCAUAACAAAGCAAAAACGUAUCUAAUCUAACAUUGUUACAUGGCAUAAAUCUGUUCCUGAUCAGACUUUACAGACUUUUCUUGUUGUCUUGGUAAAGAAGAAAAGACAGAUCCAGAAUUAGGUCAAAUCAGCAAUGCUCUUAUGUAGAACAGGCUUGUGGUGGUCUCGGAGCCUCUGUGGUAUGUCCCCUUAUUAAUGACCAACUUGACCGUUUGUUUAGAAAGAAAUGUUCAGUAUGCAUCACUGUACCAUAGUGACAAAUUCCAGUCUUUGCUGCUUCUGUUGUCUAAGAUACCAAACAGAUGUUCUCUCUUUUGUUCUCUUAAAAAUAAAAAAAACCCCAGCACCGUU